CAUGGAUUAAAAACAACAUUCACAUUUCGCUGCUGCGCUUCUUCGCCCUCAGAUUCUUCACCUCCCAAUCACAGAUCCAACACAAUGCCUUCCCAAAUUAGGGUUCCGAUCAUCGACGUCUGUUAUCCUCUCCCGCCUUCCCGAAUUUAAGAUCAGCGCCGCGAAUUUCUAGAAACUUUCCUCGAUUAGGUUCUCCAGUGACGGCGUAUUAUCUCAUCAGUUGACCUUCGCUUUCAUCGCCAGAUCGUUUCGUGUCUCGAGUUAGGGCUCGUUAUCAGGCUCUGGUGUAAAUGAAUUUCAGCCUAGAGCUCAGUAAUUUCUCUCUUCUCUCGUUGUAGAUCGUGAUUUGGGCUUCUAGGGUUUCGAUUACUGGUGCCUCGGGUUUGUGAUAGCUUAAUCGAAUUCGGAACUCCCUGCACGUGUAAAGAAGAAUCUUCUAGGGGAUGUUUGGUUCUACAGUGGAUACCAGCCGUGGAAACAGCGCUGCCUCAGGGCAGCAGCUUCUUACUCCGACUCGCUUCGUGUGGCCUUAUGGAGGUAGAAGGGUCUUCCUUAGCGGAUCUUUCACAAGGUGGACGGAACAUGUGCCAAUGUCACCACUUGAGGGCUGCCCUACUGUUUUUCAAGUCAUUUGCAACUUGACUCCGGGUUAUCAUCAGUAUAAGUUUUAUGUUGAUGGGGAAUGGCGGCACGAUGAGCACCAACCAUUUGUAAACGCAAAUGGUGGAGUAAUGAAUACGAUAUUUAUAACUGGACCAGAUAUGCCUCCCGCUGCUUUUAGCCCAUCGAACAUGGAUGUGGAUGAUUUCUCCCAGAGAGUGGUUGAUCCUUCCCAGGAUUCUAUACCUAGGAUGUCAGCGGCUGAUUUGGAGAUGUCCCGUCACCGUAUAUCUGCUUUAUUGUCAAACCGCACUGCAUACGAGCUGCUCCCUGAAUCGGGCAAGGUUAUUGCAUUGGAUGUGAAUUUACCAGUAAAGCAAGCAUUCCAUAUACUCUAUGAGCAGGGAAUCCCUUUGGCUCCUCUGUGGGACUUUGGUAAAGGCCAAUUUGUUGGAGUUCUUGGUCCAUUGGACUUCAUUCUAAUACUGAGAGAGCUUGGAACGCAUGGAUCCAACUUGACAGAAGAAGAGCUUGAGACGCACACAGUAGCAGCCUGGAAAGAGGGGAAGGCUCAUAUUAGCAGACAAUAUGAUGGAAUUGGGAGACCGUAUCCUAGGCCACUUGUUCAGGUUGGGCCCUAUGAUAAUCUGAAAGACGUUGCCCUGAAAAUUUUGCAAAAUAAGGUGGCAGCCGUUCCAGUUAUUUAUUCUUCUCUGCAGGAUGGGUCAUAUCCGCAGUUACUGCAUCUUGCUUCGCUAUCAGGCAUAUUAAAAUGUAUAUGCAGAUACUUUAGACAUUCGUCUAGCUCUUUGCCAAUCCUUCAGCAGCCCAUUUGUUCAAUUCCCCUGGGUACUUGGGUUCCUAGAAUCGGAGAAUCAAGUAGCAAACCUCUCGCUACAUUGAGACCACACGCUUCUUUGGGUUCUGCGCUCUCGUUAUUAGUUCAAGCUGGAGUUAGUUCAAUUCCUGUAGUGGAUGACAAUGACUCGCUUAUUGACAUAUACUCUCGAAGUGACAUAACUGCCCUGGCUAAAGAUAAGGCAUACGCACAGAUUCAUCUUGAUGACAUGACGGUUCACCAGGCGCUGCAGUUGGGGCAAGAUGCGAGUCCGCCUUACGGAAUCUUCAACGGGCAGAGAUGUCACAUGUGCUUGCGCUCAGACUCUCUUGGUAAAGUGAUCGAGCGGUUAGCGAAUCCAGGGGUAAGGAGGCUGGUGAUAGUGGAAGCAGGGAGCAAACGUGUUGAAGGUAUCAUAUCUUUGAGUGAUGUUUUUCGAUUCCUACUCGGUCUUUGACUUCCUACAACGACAAAACUGUGCUACCUCAGAACUCUCUUUUCUCAUUUCCUCAAAGCAAACUAUCCAACAAUUUGCUUAUUUUUCUUUUAUUAUUGUGUUUUUUGGCAAGGAAUCAUGUAAAUUUUCUACGAACUUGUUUCAUUGUUAUUUUUAGUUGAACGGGUUUCCCAUUCUUGUGAAGGAUAUUAUUGGCUAUCGAAAUUAUUACUUGGUAGUGUGAAAGAUAGGAGAACAAUGUAUCUUUUACUGAACAAUAUUUUAGUUUC